AUGGUUGGUUGCAAUAGGGAAGAGGCCUUAAGGGCCAGGGAAAUUGCUGUGAAGAAGAUGGAAAAUAAAGAUUUUUUUGGUGCCCAGAAGAUUGUGCUUAAAGCUCAAAAGCUUUUUCCAGAGCUUGAGAAUGUGUCUCAACUGUCAACCAUCUGCAGUGUGCACUGUGCAGCAGAGUUAAGGGUGAAUGGAGAGAUGGACUUCUAUGGAGUCCUUCAAGUGGAGGAAGGAGCUGACAAAGCCUUGAUAAAAAAGCAGUACCGCAAGCUUGCAUUUUCACUUCACCCUGAUAAAAAUUGUUUUGCGGGUGCUGAGGCAGCUUUCAAGUUGGUUGCCGAAGCUCAUUCUGUACUAUGUGAUACUGCAAAGCGAAAUGAUUAUGACCUGAAAAGGAGGAAUGGAUUUAGAAAUGUGCCAAAGUCAGCCAAACAGCAGCCAUCAAAGAAGACUGAUUCACAUAAACAGAGCAUGCCUGGAUCUAGAGAAACAUUUUGGACUAUAUGCUCAAAUUGUCAGAUCCAAUACCAGUACUACAGCAAUAUCUUGAACACCAUGGUCCGCUGUCUGAACUGUAAAAGGAAUUUUUUUGCAUACAAGCUGAAUCAACAGCCCAUGUCCACUUCAUCAAGUGUCAACAGCUCCCAAGUUCCUGCAAGCAGAUUUGCGAAUAAACAACGUGACACUCCCAAUCAACAAGGUCACCCUAUGAAUCCUUCAUCUGUAGGUAGAGGCACCAAUGUGAAGCCAAAUGGUUCCCAAGACCCUGCACACAUGUUUCGAAAUCAACAGCAUGGUGUUUACAGUCAACAUGGCCAUCCUGUGAAGCCUUCUGCAGACAGAGACACAGAUGCAAAGCUGAGGAUGAAUGUGGCCCAGCGUGAUGAAUACAUGAAAGGGAGAGCUAAUGACCCAGAGGUGUUGAGGGGGAAAUUUCAAUCUUCAACGCUGAAUCAAGAUAAAUCUUCUGUCCCUAUGGGAAAUGGGGACAUGCAAGGAAGGCCACCAAUUUCAGACCCUGCUGAUCCAAACAUUGUCAACACACAGAAAUCAGUUCAGGAAGAUGCGUCUGCAGUGCCGGAUGCUAUGGAUCUGCCUGGUUCUGCAAAGCCUUCUUCUGCAGGUGGGAAAAUAGAUGGAGAUGCAAGGAUAAAUGUUGCAGGUAGUAGAUUGAUGCCAGAUCCUGUUGAUCUAAAUAUUACUGGCAGAAGAAAUUUGCAUAGACAAGAUGCAUCUACAGUGCCUACUGGUGCCGGAUCCUCUGGUACCCAAAGCUCAGUUAAGAGGAAGACUUAUGCUGAUGGCAAUGUUUGCCUGGACACGGAUACCAACAAGAGGCCAAUGAAAAAUAAUAUUCCAUCUGAUGUUAACAUGAGUUGUAAACAAGUAUGUGAUGAUGGUGUCACUAAUGCUCGCAUACAAUCAGAUCCACCUCAUGUGUCCGGCGGCAAUGUAGACACCCAACAAAAGCCAAAAAUUGCUGAUAUAAGUGAUCAUCAGGUAAAUAUCAAGGAAAAAGCUACUGAAACUGAUAGUGAUCAGGACAAUAUCAUGGAAGAAGCUCCUCAAACUGUUAGUGAAAACGUAAAUAUCAAGGAAAAAGCUACUGAAACUGAUAGCGAUGAGGACAAUAUCAUGGAAGAAGCUCCUCAAACUGUUAGCGAAAAGAAGCCUUCUUACUCUGUGCAGGUCACCCUCCCUGAUCCAGAUUUCUUCAAUUUUGAGAAGAUCAAGGAUAUCAAUGUGUUCGAAGUUGGUCAGAUAUGGGCCCUCUAUGAUAACCUUGAUGGCAUGCCAAGGUAUUAUGCUCGUAUAAAGCAUUUUGAUGCCUCCAACUUCAAAAUACAUUUAACUUGGCUGGAGUACGUUGCGAUGGAUGAAGAUGAGGAGAACUGGACUGAUGAAGAACUGCCUACUGCUUGUGGAAACUUUCGCCUUGGGAAAGGAACUGACAUAUCAGAAGACAAGGAAAUGUUUUCUCACAUUGCUUCUUGGACAAAAGGUAAAAUGAGGAAUUCAUAUGUCAUAUAUCCUAACAAGGGUGAGGUGUGGGCUCUUCACAAGGGGUGGAGCAUGGAAUGGAGCUCAGAUGCAGAUAAUCAUAGAUCAUAUGAGUAUGAGGUUGUGGAAGUCGUGUCAAUGAGCUGCUCCGAUUUUCUCACAGAAUCCCUUUUUUAUAGGACAAAAGGAAAUGAAAAGGUUGGUGUUCCAAGAGGAUUUCUGGAACUGGACAAUGCAUGUCUCCCUGCUGACCUGGAUGCAGCAUUUUCCAAUGUUACUCUUGACUCUUACACGUCUCUCAGCAAGAAAGAAAGCAGCACAUCUGUUAAUGUGACCACUGACAAUACAAGUUGUAGAAUGGAUCUGGGAGAUGAUCAAAUUGCUCAAAAGGAGAAUCACCGUGAAGAGCAUAUUGGCCACCCCCACCCAAUGUCUACAGACAAUCCUAAAGAUUUGUGCCCGGAACAAAAUACACCCUUAAAGAAAACUGCUGGUGAUGCCAAUGAAUUUAGUGAUUGCUCUCUUCAAGGUAGCCUCUCCCCCAACAUAUACACAUAUCCUGAUUCUGAUUUCCACAAAUUUGAAGAAGGUCGCUCCUGUGAGAAGUUUGAACGUGGACAAGUAUGGGCCUUGUACAAUGAUAUUGAUAAACUUCCCAAGUUCUAUGCCUGGAUAAAAAAAGUCAGGGAAGAGCCUUUUAGAGUUGAGGUGAUCUGGCUUGAGGCUUGCCCGAAACAGGAUCAGGAGAAACAGUGGUUGAAGCAGGACAUACCCAUCAGCUGUGGCACAUUCAAAAUCCUAAAAUGGAGAGCUGAGUAUGACACAAGCGAUACCUUCUCUCAUCUGGUAUAUUUUAGAGAAACCGGCAAAAAGCGGGAGCUUGAAAUCCUCCCACAGGUUGGCGAUAUAUGGGCCGUCUACAUGAACUGGGCACCUGACUGGGUUCCAUGCAGUGUUGAUGCCUGUGAGUUUGCUAUCUGCGAGGUCAUCGAGUGCACUGAAGCUAGCACAAAGCUCACCUUCCUGGCCCAAGUCAGCGGCUACCGAUCCGUGUUCAAGCCUGACAAGCAAAGGGGAGUGCUGGAGGUACCUGCCGGGGAGGAGCUGAGGUUCUCCCACCAGAUACCCUAUUUCCGCCUGACGGGAGAGGGAGGCGGCAGUCUCCGUGGCUUCUACGAGCUUGACCCUGCUUCUGUCCCUGAUGCCUUCCUGUAUGGGGACACCUGA